AGUCUUAGCGACGGAUCGCGUUAAAACUAUGGUCAGUAGUGGAGACUAAGUCUGCUCGGGGACUUGACUCGCGGAGUUCCUGGAACGUGAAUAACUGACGCCGUCAAUGAGGCUCCGGACCGAGCUGCUGAGCCAGGUCAUCGCCGGGCGAGCUCUGUCGGAGGUGCUGCCGCCGCAGAACAUCCACGUCGAUAAGUGGCUCGUGACGUGGACUCCGGCCACCGAGGACGAUGUCCGCUACACCGUCCAGUACAACAGCUUUGAUGAAGAAAAGUUGAUAGACGUUCCAGGCUGCGUCAACAUCGCCCUCAACUCGUGCAACAUCGCUUCAGCCCAAGCUGAGGACGAGCAGGGCUGCCUGAGGCUGCACGUCCGGGCAGAGCGGCGCGGCGUGAAGUCCACGGCGGUCGAAGCCUGCAGCAGACACGGUGAUGACUGCAGUCCUGAAGUCAACCUGAUCGCACGACCGGGAUUCCUCACCGUGAUGUUGAGGAGCAACCACAGCCUGGCUAAAGAGCACGGGGGUCACGCCGUGCACCGGGUUUACUACGGCAAGGAAGGAGAGCCGCUCGAGGACUACGAAGAUGAUGAGGCCUCAGUGUCGCUCCACGGCCUGGAGGAAGGAGUGCGGUACUGUAUGAAGGUGCAGUACAUGGUGUUCGGUAAUCCGGCCGGACCGCCCAGCUGCAUUAAGUGCGAGCUCAUCCCGAAGACAAAAGAAGCUGCCGGUCUGACGGGGAUCAUCGUGCCCGUGGUGGCUGUCGUCUUCCUGCUCGCUCUGUCAGUCAUGGCGGCGUACGUCCUCAUCUACCACUACGAGAAGAUCAAACUGUGGCUGCAACCUCCGUGCGAGAUCCCUCCACACUUCCACAUCAACCCGUUACCGGAGCCUUACCAUCCCGUGCCACCCAGCGAGGAACGCUGCGACGUCAUCUCCCGCGUCACGUUAGACGACGUCUGAG